AUGAUUAUUCGUUCGCCGGAACCAGAAGUUCCAAUUUUGGUAGAUAGGGAUCCCGUAAAAACUUCUUUCGAGGAAUGGGCCAGACCGGGUCAUUUCUCAAGAACAAUAGCUAAAGGGCCUGAUACUACCACUUGGAUCUGGAACCUACAUGCUGAUGCUCACGAUUUCGAUAGCCAUACCAGUGAUUUGGAGGAGAUCUCUCGAAAAGUAUUUAGUGCACAUUUCGGUCAACUCUCCAUCAUCUUUCUUUGGCUGAGCGGCAUGUAUUUCCACGGUGCUCGUUUUUCUAAUUAUGAAGCGUGGCUAAGUGAUCCAACUCACAUUGGGCCUAGUGCCCAGGUGGUUUGGCCAAUAGUGGGCCAAGAAAUAUUAAAUGGUGACGUAGGCGGGGGUUUCCGAGGAAUACAAAUAACCUCUGGUUUUUUUUCAGAUUUGGCGAGCAUCUGGAAUAACUAG